CGUCGAUCCGCAACGUGGUCCGUAACACGGUACGAGACACGAGCCCUUCGAGCCCCCAGUUCGCAACGUUGGCGGUGGUGGCCCCGUCGCCGCCAUUCUGCCGCCCCGUGCCGCCGCCUGCUGUCCGGAUGCGGCGCUCCCCAUGAGCCUGGGGCCGGCGCGGCCCCCCGUGCCGGGCCUUAUCCCCCUGGCGGCCCUGGCGCGCCCCCGCCGCCCCCGCGAGGCGAUCGAUGCGGCGGCGGCGCCGUCACGUGGUCCGGAGCCGCGCGCCGCUGCCGCCCCUCGCCGCCCUCACCGGGGUCGGAGUCGUCGCCGCCGCCGGGCCGCUUCUUCUGUUGGUAAACAGAGCCGCAGCUCGUCGCCCGCGCUAGACCGCCCGCCGCGAGUUAACCCCAUCUUCGUGUGGGUCCGUCAGGAAGAUACGCGCAUCGUGGACGUGAAAUGCGAGGAUUACGACAAGAGGAACCGCAUCCUGCUGACCAAGACGGCGCACGGCUGGCGCGCUAUCCCCAGGACGGAGAUGCUGGCCGCCCCCAGGGCGUCGGCUGAGCUCGAGACCUCGACCGACCCUUGCACGCCGCCGCACCAUCGUCACCACAAGCGUCGCUCCAAGCGAUCCAAAACAACACACCUCAAGUCCGCUUCCGUACAAUUCCCCGAAAACGACGACGAAGUGGCCGAUCAUGAACAGGAACAGGAACCUGAACAUCCCCCACCUCCAGAACCCUCCUGGGUAACAUCGGAGAACGUAAACAUCGAGUCUCUCCUCCCCUUGCACACGAUCCAGGUAAAAAGACCACCCUCCUCAGAUGAAGUGAGUCCCUUAGAAAACCUACUGGCUGUAGCCGAACUCGAACUGAAACAACACAUCCAAUCUGAAAACUGGAACAACCAAAAUGAUUCAGGUGAACGACCACCGAGCGUGAAAUCCCAUACCACGGAAGAUAUUGACGAACUCCUAAAAAGCAAAGCUCAGGAGAUGGACAUCGUGAGCCAGAUCGACUUGACCGAUGACGAGCACAAGUCUCAAGGCUGUAGUUAUAACGAUGACGACGAGAUGUCCAUGAACGAUAUUCUGACCAAACUGGAAAGGUCAUUGCAAAGCCCUCAAAGCUACGACGACGAAAAUGAGUUUGAUGGAGAAAUAAAACAAGAGGAACUCAAAGAUUUCCCUUCUAGUAUUGAACCUGUAUCUGAAUAUACUAUUCCAUCUCUAGAACCAAACGCUCAGUUUGAUAUAGAAAUAAAAGAUGAGUUUGAGCAUCCUCUUUCUGAUGAUUUGCAUUUAGGAGAUGAGAAAGAUGAGUCUAUUGAUAAGCACAUAGAUGAAGUUGCUAGCCUGUUAGUUGAAAAGAUCUUUGAAGAAAACAUUUCUACACCAGAAGAAAAUAUACUUCAAAAUACUAAUACUGAUGAUCAAACAGAAAAUGUAGAAAAUUUGGAAAAUGCAUUAGAAACAAAGUCCGACAAUGAAAAUCUUGAAAAAGAUGAAGAGACUUUAGCAACACAAGAUCUAAAACCUCUAAUAGAAGCGACUUCGGAACCGAAAACUCCUGAAACUGAACCUAAAGAAUCAGAAACACAAAUUGAUGUUCCAUCAUCAGAUACUCCAAAAGAAAUAGAAAAAUCUCCAGAUACCCAUGUAGAGGAGAUAAAGGAGCAAAAAGAAGAAGAACCAGCCAUAUGUCUUGAUUUAUCGGUAAAAAAAUUACCUGCCCUUACCAUCGAUGUCAAUACCAACCCACCAGAUGAUAAUGAAGACGGGCCUACUGAUUUAAGUAUACGCAAAACUCAUUCUUCUCCUAAGCUUGACUCAACUCGACCGCCAUCUCAGAAUUCCGAAGCAGUUCAGUCACCCCAACCCAGUGGAAUACCUGCUGUUCCUCCAUCUCCUGAUAUCGUCUCGACCAGUACCACUGUUUCAAAGUCCAGGUCAGCAUUUUUGGAGUCUCUUCUGUCCAGUUCCAUUCAAAAAAUGCCUUUGAAUUCGGAGGUUACCAUCACCAAACAGAAAGAACCUCUUGAUUUAGGGAAAUGUAGAAAAUCUGCCAGUCCCACUGUUACUUGCUCGGAGGAAAUCCAUAAUCCUGAUUCUGAACCACCACUAAAGAAAAUGAAGCCUGAUGACAUUACUUUGAAGACUUUGCUGGAUAAAGACGUAGAAAAUCUGGAUCAUACUAAAGAGAAAACUCCAAAACCUGCAUCUCAGAAUCAUUCCAGAAUAGGAAAUUUGUUAAAAACUGUAAGUAAUGAACCGCAGGAUCCUCUGAGAGAAUAUAAACAGCUCCUGGCUGAAAUGGACAUUCCAAAUCCCAUUAUGGUACCAAAAGACUGCUUUGCCAACCUCCUGAAACAUCCCAGAAAAGAAAUUCUAAGAAUUCUUAGUACUCAACCCGAUAAGAAUAUUCCUCUUGAUGAUAUUCUGGUCGUGUACAAAGAUAGGCUACUAGCUGCUUUGGAGUCCAACGCAAACAGCGGUGCAUCAAGUUCUAACAAAGUGGAAGUUUCGAAGUUACUCCCUAAAACACCAAGUCGACAAACUGAGAGGAACAAUAACGAGAAACUUCCAGUCAAAAGAAAACAUUCUGAAAGUGCUACUAAACCAUCAAAUUCUGUACCUGAUACAUCAGCUAAAAAUAUUCUAGCAAGUGACAUCGAAGCAGCCAACGAAGCUUUGAAUCCCCUGUUCUGGUCUUCUUGUCCCAAUCCUUUCGAGGCCAUGGCGAACUACCAAAACCAUAACGAAUUCAUUCAAGCUUUAUAUGCUGCAUCGUCACUACCAUACCUUCCCAAUCAGCUUAGUGAGCUUCACCCAGGUCUACAAAUGAUCCUAGGAAACAAGGCAGGUCCUCCUGUAGGUUUUCCUUCGAUGCCUCCAGUGAAUUUCAACAAUCCUCUUGAGUUAUCGCUUUGGCAAGAAGCAAUGAUGCAGGCCAGUAUGCUGAGAAACAAAAAUCCUUACGAGAGCUCCAUUUUGAAUCAGCCGAACUUUCGAACGAAUUUGGAAAAUAAGAAAGCCCAUUCCCAUCAAACUCAUGGAAAUAGACAUCAUUCCAGGCAUCCUUCGAAUGCCAAUAACGAUCACAACAAGAGUAUGACUCAAAAUCAGGCUUUGCAACAGCAACAAUCGUUGCUUCAAGGACUGUAUGGACAAAGCUCCAUGAGCAAUCAAUCAGGCUGGCAAAAUCCUUAUUUGGGAUUGGGUGGAUUUCAGCAAGGAAGUAACAACCUGGCUCUGAAUGUACCUCCAUUUAAUCCAUUCAGUCACAAAAAUAACGUCAGUUCGAAUAACAAGCACAGUCAACAACUUAGCCCGUCGUUUAUGCAAAACUCUAGCAAAGAAUCUAGUCUUUUAGCUCAGUUUAAUGAACAGGAGAAGAGACUGCAUCAGCAAAUGAUGCAAGAACAACAGAAACUUCAGCAGAUGCAACAGGAGAAGAUGAUGAGGCAUCAGCAUCAACAGUAUCUUCAGCAGCAGCAUCAACAUCAAAUGAUGAGGCAAGGUAAUGGAACCAAGGCAUCAAAGUUUCCAUUUCUAUUCAACAAGGAAGGAUCUCAAGUCGAGAAAGCUCAUUCUGAUCACCCAAAACAGCUUCAGGGACCUAUAGAUCUGUCUGGCCCACCGAAUAUUAGAGCUAAAAGCAAAGGAAGUGGAGCUAAUGGAAGCCUAAGAGGAAACCCAAAAGCGAUGCUGGAUGAUGUGCCGGAAGUCGGGAGUACGACGGGGAGUAUAGAUGAAAUGCAGGAGGCGCACGCGCUAUGGCAUCCUUUAUUCGGAAGUCACAAUAAGGGCUACAACCCUUGGACUCUGCCAUCGGUGACAGCCACGGGGGAAUAACACAGGCUUCCACCUCCAAAAAACCUUUUUUGGAGGACAAACAACUCACACCAGCCGUCCUCUAGGACUAACCAGCCAGAGGCCUCUUUCACAGGGUUCGAUCUAAACUCCUUCUUUUCCAAAUGAGUGGACAGCGAGCAGAAACAUCUUUGGACAUCAUCAACAGUUAGCUGCAAUUUUCUUCAAGAGUGACACAAACCGUCUGAAAUAUUUCCCUCAUCAUCAAUACUGUUGUGCGUAUACCAAAAAAAACUAUUUUAAAGAUAAAAGUGUAAAUAAAAAAACAUAAACAUAAACAAUAAGACACAAAGUGUUUUGGACUAGAAAAGCAAACUAGGCUUUGUCUUCUGUACCGAGUGUCCAGGAAAACAGUGACAUUCCACGCUUAAACAAAAAGUAAAAAUGGUUCCUGAUGUAUUAUAUAUAAAAAGAAAAUGUUGCUAUAUCUAAAGUAGCGGUACAAAAUGUGUAAAUAGUAUUCAUAAAAACGUUUUAAGAGCAAAUAAAACAAAGUUAGAGAUUGAAAUCUACACUCUGUGGGCUGGAGAAUAUAUUUAAUAGGAUAUUUUGAUGAGAAAUUUGAUUUAGAUUAAGAGUCGCUCUACACUACGCGGAAAUUAUAAAGCCCGGUUUACGUUCCGUUGAAAUUGACAUCUAAACUCGACUAUAACGUUUCAUGCAAAUGUUUUAUUACAUUUUUAAUAUGCCGUGUUGAGUUACAGUCAGGGUUGGGUAAUGUAACAAAUUAAUAAUUUACUACGCUAAAUUUAAACGUAAUAAAUUUAGUUUAAAUUUAACCACAGUUGAGUAUGUAACAAAUUAGCAAUUUGUUACACUCUUCUUUUGGUAAAAUUUUUGUUCAAGCUGUACUAUGUAUGUGUAACACGAAACUUUAUUUUACUUCUAAAAUUAAUCAGGGUUGUGUAAAAAACUAAAAAAAACAUUUCUUACACUUUUUAGUUUGUUAACAUUUUAGUUGCUCUCUCAUGAAAACGAAUUUUACUUCUAUAAACUACCAGGUCUAUCAUAAACCUAAAUUUUACUUCUAAAAUUAACUAGAGUUGGGUAAGUAUAUAACUAAUUAACAGUUUGUUACACUUUUAUGUAACAUUUUAUUUCGAACAGCUAUAUGUUUAUCAUUCAAAAUUAAUUUUUGUUUUAAAAUUAACCAGGGUUGGGAAUGAUUCUAAUUAACAAUUUGUUACACUUUUCAUUCUAUACUAACCAGUUCCAGCUGUGUUUUAUGUUAACCAUUUUCAUUUAAAUGAACAAUAAUAUGACUCUGUAAGAAAUUUCAAUUGGUCAGUGAUAGGUGUGUAACAAAUUAACAGUUUGUUACAUUAUCUUACUUUUACCACUUUACUAAAAUAAACAAUUGGUUUCAAAGAGUACUUAGACUAAAUUGUUGUUCUCUUCAACCACAAAUAUGUUCUUACUUCUUUAAACUUGUUCUAAGAGGUUUCUUUUGCAGUUAUAACAAUUGUUACGUUUAUAACAAUUGAUAUUGUAAAAAUAAAGAUCGUAAGAGUUAAAUAAAUAAAAUUUAAUGACUUUACUGUAUACCAAAAUUGAAUGGUCUGGUAUUUUCAGUCGUAAAUAACAUUUUAGAACGACAAUACUUCUCAUAAAUAAAGAUUCAAUCUCCAUUCUUUUUCUUUGCUCUUGGAACGGACAUAAUAUAGUAUUCUCUCUGGCGUUAUAUUUUGUGUAUGUUUUACUAUACCUACUGUAUAUAGUCACUGUAUAAACUAAAAUAAAGAUGAGAUUCGUUAGAUGUUAGCUUUAUUAUGUCGGUUAAAGCAACUUUUUUAGCCGCCCUGUAAUCAAACCUAUAUUAUUAGGUAACAUUACAACCCUUAUUGUUACGUUAUUAAAAAAAACACAAAAAGCUUUAUUUUUGGUACGAUUUAAAUGUGUUAAAUAAUUACUGUCAGUUUUUAAAUGUAGAAAAAAAUAUUUGGUUUGUUAGAAAGUUGGAAACAUUGAUAUAUUAUUUAUUAAACAUAGAUGAUUUAAUAAAAUACAUUUAUUUUUAUUUAAGUAAGUUUAUUUAAUUAAAAUGUAUGCAGGAUGUAAAAAAAUAGUAUACUCUAAUCACUCUAUCACUUCAGUGAGUUCCUGUGAACAUAAUAUACCCUAAUAUGCUGCUUGAGGCAGUGGCGGUUCGUUAGUUAAGAAAUUAGGUGCAGAGUCUAUUUCUUUAAAUGGCGCCGCAGGCGAAAAUUUUUUUGGCGCAUUCACUAUUUUGUCAACUUUUUUUAAAAUAUUAUUUGAAAAAUUUUUGCUGCAUUCACCAUUUUGUCAAGAUUUUUUUGUUAUUAUUUAUACACUAAUACCUAUAAUAUUUUCGUUUUAGUUUGGGCUAAAACGCAUUAAGUAAAAAGAGAUACAAUCAGUUUUCGAUAAAUACAUUAUUUUGCAUUCCACUGAAAAUAUAAUUAAAUUUAAUAAACAUCAGUGUCCACCAUAAAGUUGGAUCCAUAUAGAUGUUUUUUUUUUAUAUUACAGUUUUAAAAAUUUUUUUUGUGGCAAUCACUUCUGCUUUGAAAACAACUUAAAAUGCACCAAGCCAAAAUUAACAGCUAACAACUGGGAGCUGUCAAAUACAAAAUAUUUAAAAGAAAUUUUUAAAAAUUGGUUAAAUUAUUAUUAUUUUAACAAAAGUGACUAAUUGCGCACCAAGUCAUUAAUUGGGUUCAUUUUUUAACACAUGCACACACACAAAACAGUUUUAAAACACAACAACAAAACAAACAGCAAAAAUCGGCAAAAAUUAACAAGUUAAAUCAACAAAAGCCAUUAACAAACAACAAUAAAUAACAACAACAACUUUACAGUCUUUACACUUGGUUACUUCGGCGAGUAAUUAACCGAAUAUUAGCAUAAAUGCAUAAAUUAUGCGCCGCCGUCACGCAUUUCCUGGACAAAAGGAAGACGAAGAGAACUGCCCAAAACCAAAAACUCAUUCACAUCGGUCACCGAUAAUAAACUUCGGGGCGGGGAUUACAUCUGCCGCUAGGCUGACGUCACGUUACCAUGGAAACCGUGCAGGCCGCUUGGCUCAGAAAUAGAAACAUUUUCACCAUGAUACAAUAAUUUUCACUGGCACUUCUGACUCUCAAUGCUACUUUUUCGGCCGGAAUUAACGAUGCGGUGGACCUAUUAUGCAAAGGUCCGCUGGGAAAAAAAUAAAUAACAUAAAAAAUUACCAUUUUAUUAUUUAGAUGCAUGUAAAUAUAUUAAACUAAAUUAAUAUUUUAAGCAGUGAAGUUUUUUCUUUAAUUUGAGUAUUUCUUCGGUGAAGUGCCCCUUCACCUACUGCACCUGACGAGCCGCCACUGACUGCCUGAGGAAGUUACAACCCUAGGGAGGGUUGUAACCUACGUGAAACAUAUCUUGUAAAUUUUUAGAGCAUAUCUGAUAUGUAACUACGUAACUAAAUUGUUAAUUGUUUUAAUACACUGCAUUCAUUACUAGUUACCUAUAAAAUUUCUUGGCAUCUCAUCUAUACUAAAAUCUAACUAAACGAAGAGCACCUUUCUUACGUAAAAAAGUGGUAGCUUUUUAUAUCAUUUGUUCAAAUUACGAUACCCGUUAAGAUAACAAGUUUUGUGAUGAGCUGCCCCCCAUCCUAAUGGAAAGUACCCUCUCAGAACGGAUUUUGCACUCUUUUGAUCUGUAGAAUCAUCCACUGAAGUUUGGUAAAACUAUUCUCUUACAUUCUGUAUAUAAAACUGACUCAGUUUAUUUAACACAUUAAAAUUCUCUUUAUUACCAUAUUAAUUUUUUAAUAUUUCUGUGCAAUAGUUUUGUUACAUUUUUCUUGAUGGUUUUCUGUUAUGUUUCCAUAUGUUACACCUACCCCAAGAAAUAGAAAAAAUGAACUAGAAUCGAGCAAAAUUCUUGUAGUUUUGUGUAAAUAUAUUUUCCCUUUUUGAGAUUACCGCUACUUACAUCACAAAAAAAAAUUAAGAUAACUUUUUAGAUAGUUCAAUUAUUGUACUUUGUUUUGGGGUAUUUUUUGAUUGGAAAAAAUACUUGUUGUUGAAAAAAUAUUUUAAAUGUUUUAAUAUUUAAGAAAAAAAAUUGCAACUAUUUGUAGUACAUGUUUUCUGACUCAUAUUCAACGUUUUUGCAAUUAUAUUGGGAUAUGUUUAUAUAGGACAUUUUCAAUGUAGUUCUCCUGUAUCUAUCUUUUCAAAUAUUCUUAAUAAAUAUUCUAUAUUUUUAGAUGUUAAAUUAUAUAAAUAUUAUCUGUAUCUGUACGGGAUAUAAAUAGAUGUUUUUACCUAAUUAUAACUACAAGAUGAAUGUCCUAAAGUAAUAUUCAAUUUGUGUUAAAGCUUAUUUAUGGAAUUUCAUUCAACACAAUGUAAAAUAGUAAAAAUGCUACGUAGAAAAUCAUAAAUUAUAUCUUUAUCAGUUCUAUCUCCGAUGAAGAGUUAAAAACUUUUUUACAACCACAAAAGAGCUUUUCAUGGAGUAGCAUGCGAUAUAGGUACAAUACUACAGCAAAAUUCUACAAUGCUCAUAAUUAUACAGGGUGUUUCAAAAAUCAUGUGCUAUCUAUCGCAGGGAGAUUCCUCGCAUAAAAAUAAGAUUUAUUUUUUAUAUCAAUAUAGGUUCGAUUAUGCUGUUUCCUAUCUACAGGUUUUUUCCGCUUGUUAACAGUACUAUGUAGUCCGUUUAAUGCCGAUUAAAAGUUGUUUCUUGUUAUUUUGUCUAUUUCGGUCUAUUAAUUUGCCUUGAUCCAAGUCUAAGAACCGCCUUUAAAAAAAAUUAAUGUCAUUAACUGACUAAAGUCUUAUAUAAGUACUUAUUUGAGAAAAAAAUUAUAAAAAAAGUUCCUAUAAACAUGGGUGAGGAAAUGCAUAGUUUUGAAGUUACUAAGAUGUUAAAACUUUUAAAAAAUAGGUCUUUUGUAAUUAUCUUCAAUACCAUUAAUAUUUUUAUGAAUUUGCUGUGGGUAGCACUGAAUAUCAGUGUAAUAAAUUUAAUAUAAAUUUUAUUUUAAUUUUAUUAAUUGUGAUUAAUAAAAUUGCGUUUAUCUCAUCAAGAAGAUCGAAAUCCACAAAAUAUCAAGAUAAAACCUUUAAUCGGCAUUAAACAGCUCACACAAUUUUGCUAACAAGCGGAAAAAAAUUCAGUGCGGCACAUGUUUAUUUAGAAAAAUAUUCCAGUGAUAACCCAGAUGCACGCCCCUGGUAAAUCCAUCGACACUUUUUUAGCAUUAAAAUAUGUCGCACUUAUAGUAACUUUUAUUCUCCAAAUUUCAUUUGAAUGACUAAAAACAAUUGGAAGAAAAUUAGAUUUAAUUGCGAAAAAAAAAGAC